AUGUGCCCAAUACUCUAUGAACAAUUUCAAAUUUUCAAAAAAUUAACCAAAGAAGAACAAGCAUUGAUACGGAAUUCUCAAUGCGGUUACGAUGCGAGAAUAGAGGAUCGUGAAAAUAGGGUUUUGGUUUGUUGUCCCCAAAACACUGAACAGUGUGGAGUGGUUAAGAAUACGGCGUCGCAUUUGAGUGCUGGAAGUAAACCCAUCGAUGCGAAGAUACCUAUAAAUGAUGGAGAAUAUCCAUGGAUGACAUUGAUCGAAUAUGAGUACAAAGAAGAUCCCAGCAAACACGAAUAUCUAUGCAGUGGCAGUUUAAUCAAUUCCAAUUACAUCCUGACAGCAGCUCAUUGUGUCACCAAUAAGAAAUGGACAGCCAAACGUAUUUGGUUGGGACAUUCAGAUCAAAAUAAUGCCAUCGAAUGUUUAACCCAACCAGGUGGUAAUUACCCCACAACAUUUCAAUCGCUGGAAAUCGAUAAAAUCUUUAUUCAUCCCAAAUAUCCUGAAAAUUUACAUCAUGAUAUAGCACUGAUACGCCUUGAAAGUUAUGUGGAAUUUUCGCAAUUUAUACGACCAAUAUGUAUACCCUUUGAUAAUCAUCUUAAAUCUGAGAAACUGACAAAUACCUUAGCGGAAUUUGGCAGUUGGGGUGUGGGUAGUCAAUUUGAGGGAAUCAAAAGCACAACCCAAAAACUGACAAAUACCUUAGCGGAAUUUGGCAGUUGGGGUGUGGGUAGUCAAUUUGAGGGAAUCAAAAGCACAACCCAGUUCAAAAUGCCUCUGAAGAUAUGGGACACGAUGGUGUGCCGUCAAAAAUAUCGAACAACAUUUUAUGAUGUCAAUGUGAAUUAUGAUUUGUGUGCUGGCGGUGUGGAGGGUGUCGAUACGUGUUUGGGUGAUUCGGGUGGCGCCCUAAUGCAUUCAAUGCAUGCGGGUCACCGCGAAAAGAAAUAUUUUGUGAUCGGUGUUAUGUCCUAUGGCAAAAAGGAGUGUGGUCUGAAGGGUUGGCCCAGUGUUAGUGUUGAUGUUCAACGACAUUUGCCAUGGAUAUUGGCGCAUUGGAGGCAAUAA